AUGGUCGGCUACAAUCCCGAGCCGAUCAGUGGAAAAGAGCUGUCCUCAGCUGAGUACAGUGAGGCUGGAUUGGCAAGUGGUAUUGCCACCCGGGCGAUAAUACAACCUCUGGACGUGUUGAAGAUACGCUUUCAACUUCAAGAAGAGCCUAUUCGUGGCCAGCACUCAGGCAAAUAUAAGGGUGUCUUCCAAUCGGUGCGCCUAAUCACACGGGAAGAAGGUAUUCGUUCGUUCUGGAAAGGCCAUGUGCCCGCCCAGGGGUUAUCAGCGAUGUAUGGCUUAGUUCAGUUCUCAUCCUUCGAGUUCCUGCCUUCGGUACGUUCAUCAGCAGAUUUCUUUUGUGGAGGUCUGUCGGGUUGUCUGGCCAUGACAGCGGCGAUGCCUCUUGACGUGAUUCGUACGAGGCUUGUUGCUCAGUCUGGAAACUUAGUUUACAGAGGAACAACACAUGCUAUGAUACAAAUAUGGCACAGAGAUGGAGCCGUUGGUUACUUCCGUGGAUGGAUACCUAGUAUUGCUCAAAUUGCACCUUUCACUGGACUUCAGUUUGCCCUAUACAACUUCUUUAUGGAUGCUUGGCCUCGGAUAAUAGAGCAUCACGACUCGACAGGUGCCCUCAUAAGCGGAGCACUUGCUGGGACUGUGGCCAAAACGCUUCUAUAUCCACUCGAUAUGAUACGACAUCGUCUGCAAAUGAACGGCUUUGAGAGGCGAGGUUUUGGUAAAACGUCAGAUUACCGUAUCGGUAUGAUUCGAACGAUGGUGAUGGUGGUUCGAAACGAAACCAGAUUCAUUGUUGCUGUACAUAUUUCACUAUGUUUCACCGUUUCAAAGCUAGUGUUUGGAGUUGCUUCGGAUCGUGUCUCACCGUUGAGGAUUAUACUAUUAGGAUGUAUUUCAUCCUUUUAUCAAAUUCUUCUAUGUGUAGUAUGCAUUGGCAGUGUUCAAGGCGCAUCGUGGGUUCCAGCUACAAAACUCACAGCCAAGUGGUAUAAUGAUCGGUCGUAUGCAAAGAUGUUCUCCAUACUUGGCUGUGGUAGCACGGUUGCUGGAUUGUUGAUGCCAUUUGUGCAAUAUUCUUAUUGGCGCUCGCUCUUGAUAUGUCUGUUCACUCUGACAUUCUCUGCUUAUUUCUACCAUACGCUCAAAGAGAGUUCGCCGUCUUUGAUCUCUCUCACCUAUUCACCUGUGAUAUGGAGUGUAGCUGCCGUGUACCUUUUUUCCAUGGAGGUCCGAACGGUGUGCGAGACAUGGAUUCCUCUUUACAUGGCCGAAAACGGUCUCAGCCUCGCAACAUUCCAGGUGACCUAUGAAAUAGGAGGCAUUCUUGGUAAUCUCCUAUCUGGCUGGCUGUUAGAUCAACUCUGCACUCACAUGGGUGCUGACUCAGCCCGGCGCCUUGUUGGCGUGGCGAGCAGUGCUUUAUUGCUUCUAGUGGCUGCUAUUAGUAUAAAGACCUUGCAAUACGUGUCUGUUAUUGGCUGGUCACUUGGUUUUCUGGUGAACGCUUCGAUUAAUGUUUGGUGCAUGAUAGCUUCACAACUCGGCGAUAGUCACAUUUCUGGAGCAAUUUCGGCUUUUGUCUCGUUCCUCGCUAACUUCGGAUCUGUUCUCGCCGGAUCGCCGUUGGCGUUUCUAAUCGAUAACUUCGGCUACGAUUGCUUCGUGCCGUUCUUCUUCAGUCACAUAGUAGUUCUAGUAGCGAUAACUUCUAUGAAUAUCGGGUUUCAUGUAAAAGGGAGGAAGCAAGAUUGA